GAAUCUAAACAUGAUCGAAAUAAGACAUCAUACUUUUGGACAGCCGAUUAUAAUUUUAGAGUUUGAUGAUUCGCAGGAAGUGAUCAUAUACAAUGACAAGCUUGACAGCAUAUUUAAUCAUCCAGAAAUUCAAGAUCGUAAAGUUGUGAUUCUGUCAUUGAUUGGUGCAUUUAGAGGCGGCAAAAGCUUCUUCUUGGAUUAUUGCUUGCGGUUCCUUUAUGCUCAUUUCCCGUCAAUAAACAACCCCAACAAGGUCACUUCCUUUAUAUUCAAAAAAGAUGACACCUGGAUGGGCGAACCUGAUGAACCAUUGACUGGAUUUUCAUGGCGUUCAGGCACAAAACGUGAUACAACUGGCAUCAUCAUGUGGAGUGACGUCUUCCUGCAUACAAUAGACAGAACUGGAGAAAAAAUUGCAAUUUUUGUGAUGGACACGCAAGGAUUAUUCGACAAUGACUCAACAGCUGAAUCCAAUUCCAAGAUCUUUGCAUUAGGAACUCUAAUUCCUUCGAUUCAAGUCCUCAACAUUAAAGGAAUUAUUCAAGAGAAUCAGCUGGAAUAUCUUCAAUUUGCCACGGAAUAUGCGAUUAACAGUGCAAUGGACAUUGUUAAUAAGAAAGCAUUUCAGAGCUUAACGUUCCUGAUGAGGGACUGGGACAACAAUGAUGAAUACAAGUAUGGCAUCGAUGGCGGAAGUCAAUACCUUAAACAACUUCUCAAACCCAGAAGGAAUGAAAAUAAGAAGCUACAGUCAGUCCGCAAGAGUCUUUCAAGUAGUUUUGACCAAACUCGAUGCUGCUUAUUGCCACAUCCUGGAAGAGUUGUUGCUAGUAAUGGAACCUAUGACGGUAGUUGGUUUGAAAUGGAUGUGGACUUUAAGAAUGAAUUAAAAAGUUCUAUUGAGGACAUGCUGAUUUCAACAAACAUGGUCAUUAAGAAAAUCAAUUCAAAGGAAGUGACUGGAAAGGAAAUGAAGGAUUACAUCCAAAAAUACUUUGAAAUUUUUCAGUCAAGCAAUACUAUGAGGGUGCUGAAUAUCUAUGAAUCGACAGUUGAACUGUAUAUGAAUAAUAUCAUUGAGAAGUGCCUUAAUGACUACAAACUAAGAAUGUUUGAGAAUAAGGAUUUGAUUGGCAAUGACAAUAACAUAGUUCAUGAUAGUUGUAAGGCAAAGGGUUUAGAGAUGUACGAUAAGCAGCGUAAAAUAGGAAGUCUCGAGUACCAAAAAAGCUGCAAAACAAUUUUAUUUAAAAAAAUUGACGGAAUUUACGAAGAAUUUGAGACGUUCGCAGAACAUGAAGAACAGCUGAAGGCAGCCUUGGAUAAGGAACUGCAAGAAAAAGAGGAACUUAAAGAGGCCAUAAAAUAUGUCAAGUCUAAGCUUGAGGAACUUCAAAAGAGCCCCAGUACUCAAGGAUAUACAGAACUUAAGGAUGUCCUCGAAACUCGUCUGGGUAAAGACAUUAAAAAGCUCAAUGAAAUCGAAAAGAAAUUGAGGGAACGGGAAGCAUUUCGAAGGAAGCUUAGAAAUUAUGGAAUAUCUGCAUUUAUUGGAGGAAUCAUGGGAUGGGCUAUAAAAGAUAUAAAACCAUUGGAUGUACUUCACAGUGCUCUAGACAAUGUCCGUAAAGUUCUAGCACUUACUGCCGCACCUGUAAUUGUACAAAACCAAGUUUGUGAAGCUGUAAGUAAAGUUCCCAAGGAAUUAUUACCUUUUGCAGAAACUACGGCUGACAUUUUACUUCCUGCUGUAGAAACUGCAGCUGAUAUUAUAAUGCCUGCUGUAGAAACUGCAUCCGAUGUGAUUCUGCCAUCUGCAAAUAUAGUUGAUUUUAUACCACUGCCAUCGGAGUAUUCGACCAUCUUAGGAGUUGUAGUCACGGCUGCAAUAACGAUUGGUGGGAUAUUGGCAAUAAUAUUGAAAGAAAAGAUGAAGAAUUAA